GCUUUAUCAGAAACAUGUGCACAAAGAGGAAACCCGAUUAUUAUAAAUGAUUAUUUUAAAAAACUUCAAAUAAUAAUUCAAGAGUAUUCACUUACUGCAGAUUGUAUUUGGAACAUAAAUGAAACUGAAUUUAUUCUUUUCCUCAAAAUUCAAAAAGUUCUUUCUAAAAAAAGUAUUCGUAUGAUUUCAGGUUUAUUGACUGGAGCUCUAGCUGAUAGUGUUAUGGGAUUUACUGACUCUGAGUACAUGAAAGAGAAUCUCUUUCAAAUGUAUAUCAACUACUUUAUUAAUUCGAUUUCACCUCCAUCUGAAAUUCCAUUUGUUAAACUUAAAAAAGAAUAUAGUAAAAGAUGUGAUGAGCUUUAUAGUAGUAGAGAUGAACUAGUAACAAAAUGUAUAUUUGCUAAAGUACUUGAAAAAGUUUUUAAUAUAACCUACACUCCCAUGACAAUUAUCAACACUUAUAAAACUACAGGAAUCUGA